UAUUGGUACGUUCGUUUGAGGGCUAGUUCCGCACUGAGUGCCGCACUCAGAGCUGUCAAAGUGUUUGUUUGAAGAAACUAGCGCUGGUGCCGCACGAGUUUUGCCUCCAUCUUGGAACUGAAAGUGCGAGUGCCGCACUCGAUUUUUUUCUAGUUUCGUGCGAGUUUCUCGCACACCAACAAACGAUGUUUGUAAACAUCAAAAUCAGCUGUUCGUUCAAAACAUGUUACGAGAAGCAGAUUUUGUUGUUGUUUUCGAUUUGUUCGCGUGUGAAUGAUGAAAAAUUGGACAAAUUGGAUUGCGGUUAUCAAAAUUCCGCUAUUACGACGACUGGACUUUUCGCUGGGGCGAUUUUCGACCAAUUCUCAUUCAAGGACCCGAAGAAGCCCAAGACGGAGGAGGGCGAGGGUAUCGGGCAGGUGCCGAUGCGGAAGAUUAUCGUGGUGGUGCAGCGGAUGGGCGACUACGUACCAAGCGGAUUGCACGGGCUGCUGGAGCACACUCUCACCAUAGAUCACUGCACCGGAGACAAGUGGUACAUGUUUAGAUUCUUCGAAAAAAAAAAAACGCCGAGGCCAAAAACUUGCAGCGCAAGCUCAAAUCGGUCCUUCAACCGUCGCAAGCAGUACCCUUUGGAACUGGUGUUGACACCGAUUCGUGAGUUGGACAAGCAAAUCUUCUAAUAGUCAAAGAAACGUCUUGUAUUCGCUUUCCCGUGCUGGACGAGGCAGACCGUAGCUGGACUUGGGAUUCAAGGGCCACCAGAUAAGUUGAAUCGAGUGCUAAUAAUAAAAUUGUUAAAUAAUUUGCUUUAAAAUAUAUACUUCUGC